AUGUCAAACCAACCGGCACCAACUCGUCCCUGGUUUCGUUUAGCAUCCAUAGCAAGGCCAGCACCCCAAGCACCUACUCCAACCCCUGAACCCGUUCCAGCCCCGCCACGAGCAACCACUGUUCGACCUGCGUUCAGGCCUGCAGUACAGGCUCAGCCUCCACCAACUCAACCUCAAGCACCCACCGCUGCUCCACCACUUGCGGGUGGUGUUUCUUCGGUUCCAACAUCCCCUGUUGCUGUUGGUAGAGUUUCUCAGCCGACUUCCCCUUCUGAUAAAAGAACUACAAGGUCCCCAGGGAAGAACGGGCCAACUACUUCUCCACUGAUAGCAGCAAUCACUGCGUCAGUGCCAACUUCUCCAGCCAAGCCAGUGGCAACUACUGCCUCUGUGCCAACUUCUCCAGCCAAGCCAGUGGCAACUACCGCCUCUGUACCAACUUCUCCAGCCAAGCCACUGGCAACAACCGCCUCUGUACCAACUUCUCCAGCCAAGCCACUGGCAACAACCGCCUCUGUACCAACUUCUCCAGCCAAGACAGUUCCAACUACAACAUCAGUGACACGUUCCCCAACCCAAAAACCUGCCUCCUCCGUAACGACCACGACUCGUGAGCCUACCCCUAUAGAAGCAACAACCACAUUUCUCAAACCAGCCAUACAAUCUCCAAUUCAAUCACCAAAGAUCAAACCACCAACUGCUCCGCCACCUUCUCCUUUAACUCUCCCACCUCCCCAGUUGAAAGCUCAAGCUGAGCUUGAACCCAAGAUCCCUGUUGAGGCAGAACAAAAGACCGUGCUCAUUCAAAAGACGAUUGACAAGCCCAAGGGAUGGCUAUUUGGUGCCUCUCAAAAGGAUCUUGGUGACACUCGAAGGCCUGGCAUUCCGCUGAAUGGACAGAAAGAACCGUCGAAGGAUGGUGAGAAGAAGGAGAAAGAUCAUGGCAAGAAGUUUUCUUCAGAUUCUGAGGAUGGCGGCAUGAGGGUCAUAACAAUUGCUGGUGAAAACAAAGGUGCUUUCAUGGAAUUAAUUAAAUCACCCCAGAAAAAUGGCUUUCAGGGAAGUCCUCAUCGUCUCCAAAAGAAGGUCAAUUCUUCUAAAACAGGCAGCGAUGGCAGUGACUACCAAAGCUACAGCAGCGGUGAGGAAGGUGAUCGCAAGAUGAAGGACAAGAGCAAGAGCAAGAGCAACACAUCAAAGACAACGCCCAUGAACGCAUACAUGAACAGCAAUGUGCAAGGCGUUAAUAACUCAAUUGUCUACAAUUCUUCAUGCACUCACCAUGACCCUGGUGUGCACCUUUCUCUCCACAGAAAACCAACCGGUGGCGGAUUCCAUGUCAAGGAACGCACCAAUGGCUACAACAGCUAG